UAAUCACCAUGGUAACAGUAGAGUUGGUCAACAAAGUGACCAUGGCGGGUGUGAGCUUCUCCAAAUCACAAUGAAUAAUUUAGACUGAGGAUCGCCAGUUUCCCCAGAAAUUUGAGCUGUUGACCAAUGGAUCUGAGCCGGACCAGUGUGCGUAAGCUUGGGCCGGUUCGAUUUGUGCUGAAAGUGCCACCAGCCCAUGACAUGUUUCAGGCUGCCAUGUCCGGAGAUGAUGAGUGGCUGCAUUUUAGUCUCAAGAGAGCACCUUCACCCAUCCAGCCAAAUGAACAGGGACUCACAGUUCUUCAUGUGGCAACUCUGUAUGGUCGGCUGAAUUGCGUGAAGCUGCUCGUGGAGUCUGGCACUGUGGAUAUAAAUGUAAUCUGCCCACGUGGGCGAAGACCAAUACACAUGGCAGUGAGUCCUGAGAGCAAGCCAAACUCUUACUGCUGUCUCACAUACCUGCUGAAACAUGGAGCCCAGGCUAAUGUUUCCACAGAUGAAGGAGUGACUCCUCUGCAUAUGGCUGCUGCUGAAGGUCUGAUAGAAUGUGUGAAAGUGCUGGUAAAGAUUGGAGCAGACACACAUUUACAAGACGCCAGAGGUCACACGCCCCUCGAUCUUGCUCGUUUGUGGGGUCACAGAGACAUCUUCAGGUUUCUAAAAAGUGCCAUGUGGCACAGAGAUAAGAAGACGGACAUGGAGAGAUGCCAAGAACUGCAAAAUCUCAAAGAGAAGCUCAUCUGGAUGCACAGGAAAUCAGAGGACAGGAAAAAGUUGGUCAGAGAGGUUAUCAUCAAGCAAAAUGUCUCUGAGUGGGCAGAAAGAAAAGGCCUUUCCUUGAUCUGGUCCCCCCUGAAAGGUUCAUUCUCAUUAUCCCAUGUCGAUUGCCAGUCCACCAAGUCUGUCAAAACGAAAAGCAUCAAGAAACACAACCAAAGCAUACCAAAAAAAGUGUGGAACAUCUCAACCAAUCCAUCAAGACCUCCUCCAGCAAGCAUCAGCAGACCUCGGAGUGUGAGUAUGGGAACCAAUCCAGAAGAAGCUGCAGACGAGCCAGAUCUGCGGCCAUGUGUAACCCUGGGUUGGUUUAAGGACGGCUGUGUCAACUGUAUUGCAUCAUGGGAUGGUGAUCCACAGCCACUUCCUGACCUUCCACUGGAUGUCAUCCAGAGGGGUCUGUUUCCAUCUGCAUUUCCAUCUCGAAUUUCUGGUCCACGUCAGUUCCAGACCAGCAGUGUGCUGGAUGUGCCACGUCGAGGCUGUACUAAAGGACCUGAAGCUUCUCCAUGGACUGAGGUAGCAAUGCAUCUGGCUGAGCAGCUCCAAGCAGGCCAUUACUGAACAAUAAAUCUGCUCAAUGCAUUUAAAGGUACACAUCAUGUAAUACA